CUUUCCUCCGCUCCGAACACACGGAGGCCGGGGCCGCAGCGCCGCCGCUCCGCCGCCGCCUUCGCCCGGCCCGGGGAAGGGCCCAUCCUGACGCCGCCGCCGCCUGCUCGCUCCAGCGUUCGCCGUUGCUACCGCCCGCCAGGCUCCGGGACCAAGCCCGCGCUGCCGCCCCUGUGCGCGCCCCGCCGCCGCCGCCUUCGCCUUUUGUUUCCUCCGCUCCGGCGCCCCCGCCCCGGCUCGCGCUUUGCAGGGGACGCAGCGCGCGCCCCCAGCGGGCCCGGGAAAAGCCGCGGCGCGCGCGCGCACGCCUGCGCGGCAGACCCCUCCGCCUCCUCCCCGCGCGCGCGCGCCCAUUUUGGCUGCGCGCCGGCGCCGCCUGGCGGGCGGGAGGGGAGGUGGCAGGCGCGUUUGCAGGAGGGGCGCACCUCUUUGCUCGCGUACCCCCCCGGAGGUAGACCAAGAAGGGAGGCGGGCGGGCGGAGAGGAGAGAGGAGCGCGCAAUCGGUGGGGGCAGCUAUGUGGGAGGUGGUGCGGCCUGCCGUCUAGACAGUACGAUCCGGGCAGGGGGCGUGUGCGCUCGGGGCACCUGCGAGACUACAGAGCCCGGGGCCGGCACGUGUGGGGAGUGUAGAUACGUCGACUGCGCCCCGUUUCUUACUGCCUAGGGGAAGGGAGGGGGGCGGGCAAGUGCCGCGGCCGGGUUUGUGGGGAGGGGGCGGCGGCCAUGGAGCGGGUGAACGACGCUUCCUGCGGCCCAUCGGGCUGCUACACCUACCAGGUGAGCAGGCACAGCACGGAGAUGCUGCACAACCUCAACCAGCAGCGCAAAAACGGCGGGCGCUUCUGCGACGUGCUCCUGCGGGUGGGCGACGAGAGCUUCCCAGCGCACCGCGCCGUGCUGGCCGCCUGCAGCGAGUACUUUGAGUCGGUGUUCAGCGCCCAGUUGGGCGACGGCGGAGCUGCAGACGGGGGUCCCGCUGACGUGGGGGGCGCAGCGGCGGCUCCAGGCGGCGGGGCUGGGGGCAGCCGGGAGCUGGAGAUGCACACCAUCAGCUCCAAGGUGUUUGGGGACAUCCUGGACUUCGCCUACACUUCCCGCAUCGUGGUUCGCCUGGAGAGCUUCCCCGAGCUCAUGACGGCUGCCAAGUUCCUACUGAUGAGGUCGGUCAUUGAGAUCUGCCAGGAAGUCAUCAAACAGUCUAAUGUGCAGAUCCUGGUGCCCCCUGCCCGGGCAGACAUCAUGCUCUUUCGGCCCCCUGGGACCUCGGACUUGGGUUUCCCUUUGGACAUGACCAAUGGGGCAGCCUUGGCAGCCAACAGCAAUGGCAUCGCAGGUAGCAUGCAGCCCGAGGAGGAGGCAGCCCGGGCUGCUGGUGCAGCCAUUGCCAGCCAAGCCUCUCUGCCUGUGUUACCUGGGGUGGACCGCUUGCCCAUGGUGGCUGGACCCCUGUCCCCCCAACUGCUGACUUCCCCAUUCCCCAAUGUGGCAUCCAGUGCCCCUCCCCUGACUGGCAAGCGAGGCCGGGGCCGCCCAAGGAAGGCCAACUUGCUGGACUCAAUGUUUGGGUCCCCAGGGGGCCUGAGGGAGGCAGGCAUCCUUCCAUGUGGCCUGUGUGGGAAGGUGUUCACUGAUGCCAACCGGCUCCGGCAGCAUGAGGCCCAGCAUGGUGUCACCAGCCUCCAGCUGGGCUAUAUCGACCUUCCUCCUCCGAGGCUGGGUGAGAAUGGGCUACCCAUCUCUGAGGACCCCGAUGGCCCCCGAAAGAGGAGCCGGACCAGGAAGCAGGUGGCAUGUGAGAUCUGCGGCAAGAUCUUCCGAGACGUGUACCAUCUCAAUCGGCACAAGCUUUCCCACUCGGGGGAGAAGCCCUAUUCCUGUCCAGUGUGUGGGCUGCGGUUCAAGAGAAAAGAUCGUAUGUCCUACCAUGUGCGGUCCCACGAUGGGUCGGUGGGCAAGCCCUACAUCUGCCAGAGCUGUGGGAAAGGCUUCUCCAGGCCUGAUCACUUGAAUGGACAUAUCAAGCAGGUGCACACUUCUGAGCGGCCUCACAAGUGUCAGACCUGCAAUGCUUCUUUUGCCACUCGAGACCGUCUGCGCUCCCACCUGGCUUGUCAUGAAGACAAGGUGCCUUGUCAGGUGUGUGGGAAGUACUUGCGGGCAGCGUACAUGGCAGACCACCUGAAGAAGCACAGUGAGGGGCCCAGCAACUUCUGCAGUAUUUGUAAUCGAGGUCUCCAGGCACCAGGAGCCCAUCCCGAAUGGGGGAGCAGCGUUCCACUGCGCCAGGACCUAUGGCAACAAAGAAGGCCAGAAAUGCUCACAUCAGGAUCCGAUUGAGAGCUCUGACUCCUACGGUGACCUCUCGGACGCCAGUGACCUGAAGACGCCUGAGAAACAGAGCACCAAUGGCUCCUUCUCCUGCGACAUGGCAGUCCCCAAAAACAAAAUGGAGUCUGACGGGGAGAAGAAGUACCCCUGCCCUGAAUGCGGGAGCUUCUUCCGCUCCAAGUCCUACUUGAACAAACACAUCCAGAAGGUGCAUGUCCGGGCGCUUGGGGGCCCCCUGGGGGACCUGGGCCCUGCCCUCGGCUCACCUUUUUCUCCCCAGCAGAACAUGUCUCUCCUCGAGUCCUUUGGGUUUCAGAUUGUUCAGUCAGCGUUUGCAUCAUCUUUAGUAGAUCCUGAGGUUGACCAGCAGCCCAUGGGGCCUGAGGGGAAGUGAGGCAGAUGCUGUGUCCCCACGGAAAUGGCCACCGGGGACCGCUGAGAAAUGCUGUGAAUGCGGAGGGAAGUAAUGUCUUUGGGUUCUGUAGCUGAGAGAUUUUUAUUCGUUUUUAACUCCCCCUUCCCCCCACCCUGUCACCCCACCCUCUCCCUCUCCACCACCCAUCCCUUCAGUGGUCUUUAGAAAUAGAUUCUCAUCUGAUACUCUGCAGAAAUAUCUGCAAGACCUGGUAUGGGACAAGGGCAGAAAACACUACAUAGGCCUCCAAGGCCACACCAGUCCCGGUUUCUCUAAUGGGUGGAAGCUGGAAUUCCUGGUGCUCAAUUCUUAGUGAUCCCAAUCCCAAACCCACACGUGACGGCAUUCAGGGACCUCAGUGAUUUGGGUCCCCUCCCCCUUCUCAUAUCCCUUUAGAGAAACCACAUCAGGGUCUCCACCCACUUACACAGUGCUGAUGCCCAACUAUUUUCAAGAAAGCUGGAAGCCUACAGCAUCCCAUGGACCAUGGGGUGAGUGCCCUCUGAGAGCCCCUGAGCUUGACCCUUGACUUGGAGGGCCUCAGACCUUUCUGAGCCCUACCUAGAGGCUAGCAUUUCGCUACUAGGACAAGCUGGGCUAUUGAGGACACCCCCACCCCAAAUUCCAGUUCUUAUGUGAUUUUAACCAUUCAACUUGCUGUUGGGUUCUAAUUCUCUAAUUAUUAUUAUUAUUGUUAUUUUUUAGGACCAGUUGUAGUGAAUUGCUACUGAAAGCUAUCCCAGGUGAUACAGAGCUCUUUGUAAACCGCAGUCACACGUUAGGGUUAGUAUUAAACUUUGUUUAGAUGUACCAUAAUUAACUUGGCUAGUUGAUUGUUUGAAGUCUAUGGAAGAAAUAGUUUUAUGCAAAAUUUUAAAAAUGCCAGUCUGGUCAGGGAAGUAGCGGGUUUCAGUGUUGUUGGUAGCCAGGAAGGCAGGAGAGCUGGCAGGUGGGGACAUUGUUGUGUACCUCGGCUGUGUCACGUGUGAGCAGGCCCAGGGUGACCUGGUGCUGUGAAUUGAUCUGAUCAGACUGUAUUAAAAACGUUAGUACGUUA